UCGCAGACAGUGAAAGGAAAAGCAGUUGCUAUCCGGCUCUCGGUGCGAACUUGCUCUGUUGGUCGGUCUGGUGUUGGAUAUACUACGUGUUAUGAAAUUGUAAAUCUCCUAAAUAGGUCCAAAAGGAGCCUGAUGCCGAAGGUGUUGCAGUGUUUGUAGUGAUUCUUGAAACAUUUGCAGCCAAAAUGUCUCAACAAGCUCAUGGACGCCGCACGCAGGCAAGAUUGUUCAUCGCUGUCCUUUCAUGGUGCAUUUUGCAAGAUGCUUCAGCUCAGAUUGCCCUCACUUCGCCAUCAUCAACUUCUAUGACUCUAAGAUCAGGUGGUGGAAUUUUAGCACUUCCUCUUACAGGUCAUGCCCCAAAACAAGUAGCUUCCAGUCUUCUCACAAAACUGACCGAUCGUCAGUUACCUUCUCAACGCAGUGCGUCGACGAGGGAGAGUGAGAUCGCUGCAAUAUUUCGAGGAGUUGCGUAUGGAGCCCCUACAUUCUCUUCCAAUACAAGUACAUCAUCUACACCCGCAGCUCCUACUGAAAGUACUACCACAUCCACUUCUACUGCACCUCCAACAACAACUUCCUUCAUUAACAGUGUUCACGAUCCAGUCAGAUCGGAACUCAUGAGGCAUCAAAUAGAAAAGGAAAUUGAAUUUGUUAUGACAACUAGAACAGUUCCCAGUGUCAUUGAAGUGAAUGCUGAUUCAAUUCCAUAUGUUUUACAUGAGGAAGAUAGCUUUAGGGAUACCUCUUACCCACAUCGUACUCCAGACCCAUCCAUUCUGAACAAGGAUAUUGCCAAGUUUCCAACAGUACCAGCAAUAUCAGGAGAUACGUUAAUUGUGAAUAAAAACCAUGUUGGUGGUAUCAAAGGUGAAAAUGAUAUUUUUCCUAAAACCGAUGUUAAGUGGGCUUUAGGAGCUGCCUGGUGGAUACAUGUUUAUGUUUCUGCUGGUUUGUUCGCACUUACAGCUGCUGCUAGUCUUUGCUGUCUGGCACGAUUAUCUCCUGCAACUCAUUUGGUUUCCCGUCUUCGGUACAGAAUCCUGCUUGCCCUUGUGUUUUUAGCUGCUAUGCUACGAUGCCUACAUUUGUUCCAUGAUCCUUAUGGAAUUGAGAACCGUCUCCCAGAAUUCAUAACAGCUAUUAUUGAGGAGAUUAGUUGGCCAUGUUUGAUAGCUGCUGUAGCUGUUGUAGCACUAUCAUUGUAUCAGUCUAGUAGAUGUUCUCGAGUAUUCCCUAAAAGUUCACGUUUACCAUUUGCACUGGCAUUUUUUACCACAGCUCAUCUUAUUGUAUCUAUCACUGCUCAUCUUGUAGCUUCCUUAGUAGAAAAAUAUGCAUUUCCUUUGAGAAUAACAGCUCAGUCCCUUGCCGUGAUCUGGGGAAGCUUUGUGGGCUUUUGCAGUUUAUGGGCUGUCUGGAAAGUUGAGAGAUCUGCUGGAAGGUAUUCAGGCCAUCUGUUAGGCCGUCUCAACCGCUCAGCAACAGAUGACUUGGUGUCAUCUAGUCAACCAAACUCAACAGUAAAUCGUGGGGCUAUACUGAUCCUGGUAGCAGGUGGUGGACAAAUAAUGCUGUCUGCUUUGCACUUUUAUAUAAUGUUGGCACCUGUAUCACCAACAAAACACAUCUGGGUCUGGUGGGGUAGAGUCAGCAUGGCUCGUGGUCUAGAGCUUAUUAUCAGUAUUGCUGUUCUAGCAGGUGCAUUUAUUCUCACUUCUGGGAGACCAUCAAACAGUAAACAGGAUAGUACUAUAUUCUCUGUUCUCACAAGUUGUGGUAGAGAUAAUAAGAGUGUUAAGGGAGGACGAAGUGCUAAUGUUUUCCCAGUUCAAAAUGAGAAAAGACAGAUACUUGGAAGUUUCAAUUUUCACACAAGCAAACCAUCAGUGAAUGAUGGCAUCAAAAGAAUGCCAAUUGACUGGACUUAUACAACUCCCCGCUGUGCUAGUAAAAGUGGAACAAUGGACUCUGUUACCUCUGAUUUUCAGUUACUCUGGAAUCGUGACCGAACUCAGUCGGCAGCAGGCUUUAGGCCAUCAUCAAUGCUAGUCAACGAUAGUGGUUUUGUCAGAUUUCGAACCCAAGUGGACCCUGAACAACCCAUGGAUGAAGUAUUCAACAGAUCCUCCCUGAAUCUGCACAUUGCAUCAACACCAAUACAAUACAACAAUGUUCAUAAUUAUAGUACCCAAACCCUUCCAAAUAGUAGAUAUUAUUGUAAACCCAACACUGCUAGUCUGUCUUCACCAGAACGUACACCUCUAAGAAAUCCCAUUAGAGCUCAAACCGUUCGUGCCCAAAGAUCCAGGCCUGAUUACCUGCGCCACCAUAUGAGGAAUAGAACUAUGUCCCACUUAAGUAAUAAGCCUACAUGGACACCAGUUUCCUCAGCAAGUAAAUAUGAUGUUAGAACCCUAGAUAAAUAUGAAGUUGCCUCUUACUACAAUAACUCUAUUGCAUCCAAUGGCAGCAACAUGUACUCAACCCCACACACUGUGUCUCCAAGCCCACAAUAUUUACCUGCCCAUAGUGUUCAAAAUCAGCUACCUGAAGUGCAUGGAACUCCCCAUCUCUAUGAAGAAGCCAGGCAUUUAAAACCACCAUCUGCAGAAGGAAUAAGUGGUAUUCUGGAACCUAGCACUUGUUCAUCCCUAUCAGAAAUUCAUGUUGACUAUCUUACUGAUGUAUCAUCAUCAAAUGACUGCAUGAACCAGCACUCUUUACCCUACACUAAUUGCUCAAAGAGGGAUCAGAGUAUGCUUACCCUUCCCUUAAGCUCAACACACACUAGCUAUGCUCAAAGUCUCCCAACAUACACAGCACCCAUGGGAAGAACUCCCCCAUCACACCUGCCAGAUAUCACUCCCGACUCUGCUGUUAUCCUCGACUACUCCACUUCUGCUGAGACAGAAGAGGAGGCAGACAAAGACAGCAGAAACAAGUCCCUAGACUUGAUUAAGAUGAGUUCUAACUCUUUGAAUGAUGUGCUCAAAGGACAAGCCCGAGCUGGUCUUCUAAGUAAAAUUGUGGGGAAUAGUAUGAGUGUCAGCUGCUAUGGAUAUUCUCCUUUGGAUGUGGAGGACACAUCUUCACCCUCCCAAGAGGAUUCUUCCAUGACAAGAAUCCGUAAGGUGGCAUCCUCCACAGAUCUGGGCGAUGCCAAGGAGGUACCAAAGACACCAACCACACCUCCUGUUUAUAGUAAACCUCCUAAUACUGUAACUUCUCUUUAAUGUAAUCAUAGGCUCUGAUAUCAUAUAAAUCCGACUUUAAUUCAUUUGUACAUAUAUCAUAACAUAGUAACUUUUGCAUAUUCUUAUCAAAUGUUAUCAAUUUAGGAUGUAAGUCGUUAGGGGAACCUCAGGAAGUUUUGGAGUAUAUGAAAAAUGAUCUCACUUAUGCUUAGAUAUGAAAUAGAAAAUGCUAUAAUUGCUUGAUUGUAAUUAUUACUGAACAAUAUUAGCCAAAUUAUGUAAAUUAACAAGGUUUUUCCAGAAGUUUAAAAGAAUAUAUUUUUCCGUCUUAUUUUGGGACGAAUAAAUGAUGCAGUUUUUAUUCUGUCUUUUAGGUUUUCAUUCUUGUUCAGAGAAAAAGCGUUUCCCUAUAGCGCACUGAAAUAUGAUAAUUAAAAGCACAAGAUGUUAUUUACUGUAGAUUUUUAGUGGCUUUCAUUGUUUUGUGAAUACGUAAUUAUCUACGAAUUUUGUAAGUGCGUUUGUUUGACAGAAGGAGUUCAGGAAAGAAACAGAUUUCAUUAAUGUUUAUCUUAUUCAUUCAUGGGUGGAAUCUGCAAGUUUAUAUUAAGAGAUUUCUUUGAGAGUCAAGUAAGGAUUUAUUGAUUUAUUACACUGUUAUACACAAAUUCUUCUUGUAAAAUUUCAAUGUAAAAAUGUUUGCCGUCUAAUUUUGUUGUACCUUUUUAGUCGUAAGAUUUGUAUCCUUUCUGUCCUUACUGAAGAAAGCAAAUUGAGAUUGUAAAAGCAAAGAAAAAUUUACAAUAUUUAAGUAGCAUUCUCUUCAAUGGAACAUUAUAGUUUCGUUAAAAUGGAAAGUGAAUGUAAAUUAACAAUCUGAUAAUGGUGUGUUGUGAAAAUUGAUGUGGAAGUGCAUCUUGUGUAUAUUGUCAAUAAGAGUUAGCAGAGAGAAAUCAGUAUAGUUUGGUUUAAGGAGGCUGUGAUAUGUAUAAUAUAUUUUUAUAUGUGUAGAAUAUACAUUAUUGCUGUUUCAAGACAUGAUAUCUAGUCACUUUUUAAUAAAGUGA